UGACGCUUUCGGCGCGAAGCACGAGUUACGCUUCCACUCGCGCGAGCGACCUUGAAGAUUCCACUUUUUUUUUUCUUCCCCCUAUUUUCCAACAACCCGUGCCGUGAUACCGCACGCUCUCUUCCGACGGCCGCGAGUUAAUCGCAACUUUCGUGCCGCAAGUUUUAAGCGAAGCGUGCCGAACUUUGCGCCGAAGGUCUCGCGAUUCCGCGACUGCGAAGAACUGUGUUUGCGCGCCGACACUCGUCUUCGCGAUGCUAUGACGUGGACGUAUCGAGCAAACGUCGACUUUUAGGGAUAUACGCUUCGUGUGCUCGUGCGGCUGGAAUUACUUCUUCCGAUCCGUAUCUGACGUUUCGCAACCUUCGAGAGAACUUCUUGGCUUUUUACCGCACAUCGCUCUUUUCGCCUUGCAUACAUGACGCGCGAGUUCGGAUUCGUUCCUCGCGCUUGGACCUGCAAUGUUCCGGAUAAUGUGAGCUUUGUACUUUGAGUGCGCUGAAUGCUCCGUUUGUGCGGCGAGCGAACGUCACGGAGCCUGCUACCUCUUGCAGUUUUCCCCCCCGAGGCGAACUCGGUUUCACGCUGGCUCAGUGUAUUGUGCGGCGCGAUAACGGAACGUAAUCCGCGUGACUCCGAUAAUAAGAAGAAAAUACCUUCCGCGCGACACAGUUUCUGACCGUGGCUCGGCGCAGGCGCGAUCGCGCGCACUUAAUUGCGUCUCGUUAGAUUUUAAUCAAAUUUCGGAACUUGGGCAAACUCAAUUAAAUCUCGGUGAAUCGGCAAAUCAUCCGGAAAGUUUCGCGAGUGCGUAAUCGAGCGGCGGGAGGACAAAUAUUCUGCCGGCGUGAAGUGACUCCGCUCGGUUGGCGACGGUGCACGGAAGUCGCAUCUGACACACAAGCGCCGCCGUCGGUUGCGGCUUGCUGUCCCGCGCGCCUCACUCGCUAAGCAAGUGCGAGUGAACAUGAAACAGAGACAGCAACGGCAGCAACGUGGGCGAUAAGUCAUGUUCAGCAGGUUCGAGCUGCUUCAGGGCGCUGUCAGCUAUCUUCUGUUAUCAGAACGCGAGAGGCACGCCACCAGCAGACUGUCUGCUGAUCUCGAGCGGGAUUUGAGCUUGUCAGAAGAUAGCGAGGAUGAGGAGACCAAGGAAACAUCGUCGAGACCCACGAGAGGAAACCGAAGUCCGGUUCUUCCAAUCGAUCUAUUAACGACACCGAUGAUGUCGGCGAUGACGUCGGCGAUGACAUCGGUGAUGGCGACGGGAACGCAGGCUUUGGCACCCAUGUCGCCUAUGGUGAUGUCACCUGCGGGACCACUGUCGCCUCAGCGGCAAAGCACUCCGCCUAGAUACCAAUCGCCUCCGAAGAGAGCGACGCCGGAGCGCGUGCUGUCUUCUCCACCUGCUGUCAAUCAUCCUCCGCCAUCCACAUGCUCGCCAACAAAUCCGCCCGUUGUCGCCCGUUCGUCGAGUCCGGCCGAGGCGCCGCAGAGUUCCGGAAGCGGCAGCUCCAGCUCCGGCUCCGGCUCGGACUCCUGCUCGGACAGUAGCGAUGAUUCCGAGGACGAGGAGGACCUGUCGUCGGCGCAGCCGCCGGCCAAGGGGCUCACUACGCCGCCGUCGGUGUCGCCGAAGCGGGAGAAUCUCGUCGAGGAACCGUUACCCGCCGUGGAGGAGCGCCGCUGGGAUCUCAGUUCGUUCUUCAACAAAACAGCGGUGCAGCCCGGAGAGCAGAACUCUGAUGUUAAGCCGGUUCAGGAAAGCGCCCGGCGGGAGGAUACGCAGGCGACAACGGAGACCAGCAGACCACAUAGAGAACAGUCUCAGCAGUCUCAUUGGCAGACCUUGAAGACGACUCACGAAGUAAUGAGUCCUCUCAGCGAUAGCGAUCAGCCCUCCGAACAGGAGAAGAGUCAUCAGUUGGUCGAAAACAAUCGCGCUCAGCCGGAGAAGCCGAAGGUCGCCGACACUAAAAAAGGACGCGGGCGACCUAGAAAAUCCAUCAAAAGUCCGAAGCGCGGACACCGAACGGCGGAAGAGAAUCUGAAGAGCAAGCCGCGCAGUCGGACGAGAACGGUCACCGGUCUUGGCAAGAAGAAACAACCGAUUUCGAAGGAAAAGGUGCCUACGAGCGACGACAGCGACUCGGGAUCCCAAAGCGAUUUUGAUAGCGAUCGUCGACUGACGAAAGUGUCGACAGUCGUGCCGACAAGAACCGAGAAGAGAUCGAGACUGAGCCUGUCGUCCAGCGACGACGAGAGUUCGCCGCUGAACAAGAAAAAUAACAACAACAGUGCCUCUGAGGACGACGCCGCGCGAUGGAGGAGAGUCCCUCCUAUCAAGCGGAACAACCUGUCGGACUCGCCGAAGAAACAGGACAAGAAGAAGAGUCCCACAAAGAGCAAGCCCAGACGACCGAGAUCCCGAGUGACCAACAUUACCGGUGGCUCGGACUCCGAUAGCGAAUCGGAAAUGUCCGUGAGGAAUAGUCGUAUUCAAGUUGCUCGAGAUAUCGUAUGUGACAGAGUGCCUCCCAGGCCUCGAGCACCACCCACGAGGACAACCUCUCCUGAUAAUUCCGACAGUGACAACAGCCCGGCGUCGAAACUGCAGGAGGACGACGCCGGCAAUGUGCAAGAUAAAAAGAAAAGCGACACGUUGCGCCACGUCUUCUCCACAUCGAAGGGAGGUGGGAAGGGGGGUGGCAAAGGUGGCAAAGGUGGAAAAGGCGGCGGUAAAUGCGGCAUAUACGUGGAGGAGUACACGAGUAAUUCCGCUACGCACACGCCCACCGGCGGGGACAGUCCUUACAAGAGACCGUCCUCACGGACAUCCAGUGGCGGCGGAAUUCUUCUGCGCUCCCCACCAGCUCUCACCCACGUGAACGGCGUGCCGAGUCUCAUGUGCAAGAUCGAUCUCAGCAGGAUAUCCGCCCACACGUUGCAACUGUGCAGAGGACAGGAGUUCAGGCAGCGAACGGAAUUACCCGACACGAGGCCGUCUUCGAGGCAGAGACCGUCCUCCAGCCUGGCGACCUCGCAACCGCCGAGGCCAUCCACGCCGGAGGAGGGCGAGAUCAUCGACACGCCGCCCCCGCAACAGGUCGCGUCGGACCGUGCGAGAAUCCACCGUGCCGAUGGUCUGUUGGGCGACGGUGACAGCGCUAGGAGUUCUCGUUCUGUGAUCAAAGCUCAGUCGGACUCGAAGAGCGGCAGUGCUAUACUCGGAAAUGGUGGUGCUAGUGGUACCGGUGGUGCGGUCGGUGGCGGUAGCGCCCCCAAGAGGAAACGUAACCCGAGUUGUAGUUCCGUGUCAAGUUUGAGUCCGGUUCAGUGUUCGGUGGACGCGAAAGCCAAGAGUUCCUCCGAGCACAAGGAAAGGAGCCGCAAGAAGCAACGGGCACAUGCUGCGAGUGAUGGCAUGACGUCCAGACCCCUGUCAAGUCAGCAAAUGGAUAUUCAGCCGACGAAUCAUGAAAGGGACGAGAAGCAAGAUAACAGUUUAUUACCACCUCCACCUCUCCCAUCUCAGCGCGUCUACUAUUCUUAUUUUGAUAUGCAGAAUGAAAUUUUGGAGGAUCAGGAUAGGGACCACGACCAGUACCUGACCGAAGCUAAGCGAUUAAAGCACAAUGCUGACGAGGAGACCGAUCUUACGGCGCAGGGCAUGAUGUAUCUGGAGGCCGCCCUAUAUUUCCUUCUAACCGGUGACGCGAUGGAGUCGGAUCCUGUUACAGAAAAGGCGUCAUAUACUAUGUACAAGGACACUCUGAGUCUCAUCAAAUACAUUUCGUCGAAGUUCAAGAGUCAGCCUAACAACUCACCUGAGAAUAGUAUACAUACCAAGCUGGCCAUUCUAAGUCUUUGGUGCCAGUCGCGUCUGUACUCUAAGCUUUACAAUCUGCGCAAGCAGGAGGUAAAAGAGGUCCAAAAAGUCAUCAACGACUUCACGAAUCAAAAGCAAUCUGCUCAGCAACCUGCUCAGCAACCUGCUCAGACAACGCCUGUACAACCAGAGGGUCAAGGUACACCUUCCCUCUCGCCUACACCUUCGCCCGCUGGUUCCGUAGGUUCAGUCUGCAGCAGUUCUGGAUACAGUAGCGGAGGCGCGCAGGGUGCAGCAGCGUCGGGCCAAUACGUCACCAUGCCAUUACAUGUCUACAACGCGAUGAUGAAGCAAAAUCAGUGUUCGGGUUUGCUUUCGAAUAGUUACGAUCUGUGGGACCAGGCAGUAAAGCAGGCGAAGCAAGAUGAGCAUAGAAGCUUUUUCGUCGACUUGGACCGAAAAUUGGGACCCUUGACAGCACAUAGCUCGCUGCGCGAACUUGUACGCUACGCUCAAGCGGGUAUAAAGAAGUUACGAGCUCUCUGACCACAGUGGCACAGCCCCCGACCACCCACCCCAAACUACAUUACCUCCCUUCCUCAAAACAUGGCUACAUACUCGACCAUGUACACGUAGCUGCGUAAUAUCGUCACAUUGCAUUAGUCACCUUGACGGCAACCAACGACCGGACCGGCAGUGCUGUACGGAGAAUGCGAGAGACAGGAAGGUGUGUGACGGUGAUGUUAGGCGAAAUCACAGACUAAUUUUCUCCGAGUGGUCUUGUUGGGGGAGGGGGGGGGGUGCAAAGUCAAUAACCAGGGUCACGGCAAUCUUAGGAAAAUGGGGGAGAAAACAGAAGCAGCUUUGCGGGAUCUCCCUUAAUCGGGCGAUUCGGACGACACGGGGGCAUUUUUGAAAUAAAUUUAGCAGCAAGUUUUUAGUCAAUUGCGAAACGCGUGCCUGAAGGGGCGAGGAGGGAGUGGCCGUUUGCACGGGAGAGAGUCGCUUAUCCUACCACGGUGCAUAACGGACCUCGUGCACUUUGUUUAGAGCACGUGUUACUUACUCUCGAGGCGCAGUGGAGAAUCGUCGAGCGGAAAUGAUAUCGAGGCGCUCGUCGUGGGCGGCCGAUGCGAGCGCGUUAGAUUUGUAGCGAUAACUUGUGUCUAUUUUUCCGAAGUGUCCGCUUUUGUAAGUUAACGCAUGUAGAUAUCGAGAGUUUCGGGAGGCGAGUCAGAAAUGGAGGAAGAGAAGAAGGGGAAGGGGGAAGGGCAGGGGGGGAGGGGAGAAGAAUCGAGCACGAAAAAGAAACUGGAAACCACGAGGGGGGGGGGGGGUCGUAGAAGUGCCAGUGAAAAGCGCCCGUGUGUUCUCGCUUCACGGUGCGCCACAGCCGACGUUACCUGAAGCAUAAGUGUCGUUUCGGCGAUCCGAGUGCGAUGCAUAUAGCAAGAGUAUAUACAUAUUUAAUAUAUAUAUAGUUUAUUACCUAUAUAAAUAUAUAAAUAGUUAUAAAGAUAAGAAUAUAUUUAAUGACGAAGAGAGAGAGAUAAUGCAUCUCGCGCGCCGGCGCCGCGUUUCAAUAUAGGGGAACAGUUGUAUCCGCGAACGCAGAGGGGGAGAUAUCGUGAUAAAACGAAGAGCAAGUGAGGGGGACGGGGGGGGGGCGAGAUUAGAGAUGUUAUCGGUGGAGAGAUGCGCGAGCAACAGGAUCAAGCGAUGUACCAUAGUUACGUCUAACGUUUGCGUGCGAAAGACACGACUCUUUUUUGUAGAUAGAUCGACGGGGGGGGGGGGGGGAGUAAGAGUAAGCUUAGACUAGAGUAAUUAAUAUUGCAACAGAAAAAAGCAGUAACAGACGCGACUACCAAUACAUAUUAUUUACAUUAUCUAGAGUUAAUCCGGGGAAUUAGUAGAGGUUCUAGUGUGAUAAAACGUAAGCAAAAGAAAAAUACAGAAUAUAUCGCAUACACACAUAUACAUAGCAUGAUUUAAAACGAAAAAGCGAAAUGCCAGAAGGGGGGGGGGAAAGAAAGAACAAAGCGAGAUAAACGCUAGAGCGUAUCGACAUGAGGUGACAAAAGAGACGAUAACAAGCGCAAAACGGAUAAGCAAGUUGCUCAUGUGUAUAUUUUUGUAAAUAGGUAUUUGUGAGUGCCGCCGUCUUGAGGGCGGUCCACCGUCGUUGAGUCUGCGGUGGACCGGCCCGCCCCAAUUUUUGCUACCACAGAGAUCUUGUCGAGAAUCAAGUAAGAGAUUACAAACAGAUAGAAAAAAAAGAACAAUAUAAAAGACGUAGCGAAUAACACACACGACGAAAAAUGUCUGUCAAAUUUGUUCCGCAAAUUAUUUCGAAGAAAAAUUCAUUCUCCACGUUUUGUUUUCUUGGAGAAUCUCGCCCGUUCGUGCAUUCACGUUACUCUUUCUCUUUCUCUCUCCCUCUCUCUCUCUUUCUCUCUCUCUCUCUCUCUCUCUCUCUCUCUCUUUCUCUCUCUCUCUCUCUUUUUCUGAUGAGUUUUUGAUUUGUCCUCAUUCUUACGAUUGAUUUCCAGCAUUGACUUUUGGGAAAUCGUAAAAUUCUGAACGUAACAGCUUUGUUUGAAUUUUUUUUUUUUUAGAGACUUAAAUUGCUUCACAUUUAAACGCAUCUCUUUUCUGACGCACGAUCUCAAUGAAAUCGCGAUUUAGGCAGUGGGGAAAGUAACAACCGGCAUUCGUGGGUCCACUUUUCUCGAUAUAACGCUGAUGAAUCGAACUUGGGAAAUCUAAAGACACGAGUAGGAAACUUUUAUCGACUCAAAAUCGACAGAGACGCGAUCGCGUAGUCUAACAUAUCUGUGUUCACGAGUUUCAUUUCUCCUUAAGAUUUGACAAACGUCAUUCAAUUAGAUCGGAGAACUCUAUCGGGAGCGUUUCUCCGGGAGCGUAGGACCAAUUACCAUUCGUACAAUUGUUGCAAUAAAAUCACGCUGCUGUCGCGCGUUGCCGAUCUCGUUCUACUGGCAACGUCAAGAAGGAAGGAAAACUGCAGCCGGACGCAAACGGUCUGGCGGGAUGACGAUGGCCCAUAGUUACUAAGCGCGGUCCAAUGGUUCAUGGGAUACAAUUUUAUAUUUCGCGAGUGCUAAAGCAUAAAGAGAGGAGACUAAAAAAGUAAUAAAAAAAA